AUGGCAAAUGCAACUUACAAAGCCACAAUCACCAACAAUUCUCGAGGCAUUGGGGUUAUUGUGGUGCCAAACAUCCUAUCCUUCAAGGCAACCCAUGAAACGAAGUUAUUUGUGGUGACAGUUGCGGGUGAAGAAUUGAGAGGAUUUGCUUCAACUGAUCUUGAAUGGUCGGGUUUUUCAGAUAAAAAGGUGGACGCUGAAGAGUACUCUCGUGUGGUUCUCUUGUCUGAUAUGACUAAGGUCCUGUAUAAUGAUCCCGGCUUAUGGAAAGUGUUAGAUUGUUGUAUAACUGCUGAAGUGCCUGGGAGGACUGAAAAGAUGCUGGUAAGUGAUGAUAAUGUUCUUGCCGAUGUAUUUGAGUUGUGUCAAAAUCAGAAGUGUAUAAAUAUCUAUCUUGAUGAUGUUAAGUUGCUUUUGGAUGAUCCCGAGGGUGGUAAUUUAGGUGGUUCUAAUUUGCAUGUAAGUAAGGAUUCUGGACUUUGUGAGAAGAGCCAUCACUUGAAUGAGAAUUUUGGAAAUAUGACUGCUAGUGGAUCUGGUUUUGAUGUGUGGAAUGGUGUUGAUGUAGGAUAUUCAGACAAUUAUGGUGGUUUAUUAUUAAGUGGAUUUGGUAGCUCACAGGUCACUAUCAAUGGUGGUUGUGAAGACCCUAAUCCAGCUGUGGCCGUGAAUUUUAACACAAAUGGUGUAAACAUUGUUGGAGCUGAUGUCAAUACUUUUCUAAAUGUCCCUGAAGUGAAGCAGAAGCGUAAGAGGAAGAGAAGGAUAACAAAGAAUAUUAAAGAAAUCAAUGAUCUUAGAAAGAGUAGUCAGAGAAUAAAAAAUGCUGGAGGAGACACAUUUGCAAAUGAUUAUAUAUGUGAAAAUGGUGACUUUAGUACAUCUCAAAAUGUUGGGUUUAGACUAACUGCAAAUGGUGACAAUGGAACUUGUGAAAGCUUCAGGGAAAAUGCACAACUAGCUGGGGAAGAUGUAACUAAUGCUAAUGGGGAAGAGCAAAAUGAUGAGAGUAGUGAUGAACUAUAUUGUUUGAGCGAUGAUGAUCAGGGUCUAGAAGAAGAAGAUGAGAUGUUAAGAAGAUACACAAAGAAUUCGAAAAGUGAUCAUGAUUCAGAUCAUAUUGGCUUGUCAUUAGAUCAAUGGACUACAUCAAAAAAAAUCAACCCGGAUGCAUAUCAAUAUGUUGAUGACCUUGAUGAACAGACUUGGGCAAGACAUGCCUUUUCAGAAAGUUUGAAGUGUGAGCAUAUCACAAAUAAUAUUUCAGAGUCAUUUAACAGUUGGGUUGGAGACUUGAGAGGUAAACCUGUUGUGGUGAUGUAUGAUACAAUCAGAGGAAGAUUGAUGUCAAAAAUUCACACGAGAUAUGCAGAGGCUACUUUGUGGGUAUAUGAUGUAACCCCAAGAGUUAUAAAACAGCUCAAAGCAAAUGCACAAGCCUCAAGAACUCUGAAAUUUUGGUGUUUCCAAGACAAACUUUUCGAGGUUAGAGAAGAAAAUAAGUCGUUUGUAGUCAAACUUGAUGAAGGCUAUUGUGAUUGUAAGGAAUGGAACCAUACUGGAAUUCCCUAUAGGACAUACAACCAAACCAUGUUACCAGUGAAAGACCAAUCCUUUUGGCCAGAGUUUGCAUCCCCACAAUGCCUUCCUCCUUUGACAAGAAGAAGAUCUGGAAGGCUAACAAAUAAAAGAAAAAAGUCUGCUCAUGAAGAGCCAAUGAAGAGAUCAUCUAGGGGCAAGUGUGGAAAGUGUGGUGAAUAUGGACAUAAUACUGAAAGCCAACCAAAUUUUCCUCUUACUCAAUCAAGCCAGAAAAAUGGCUCAGUUCAAAGACCUAGUGGCUCACAUCAUAGUACUAAUCCAAGCCAAGUUGUCAAUCUUGGAAGAAACAAAAGAAAACGGGCUGUCAAAAAUACUCAGGAUCAAAUGACCGACAUUCAGUUUUUUAGUGAAGCUGAUCAGUAUGGAAUAAGACAGUUAUUAAAUGAACCUUUUAAGCAGCUACAGAAGAAAUCAAAGAAGAAACAAGAUAACAAUGAUGGUAUUGAGUUUUUGGGUGAUACAUUCAUGUUGAAUACUAAGGUAGGAGGGAAAAAACAAGUCGUGAUCAACCAGCAGGUGGUCAGUAACUCUAGGAGUGUUGAAAGGUUAUUUGAGAGCAUAAGGGCAGUAUCAUUGCUUGGAGGUGAAUUGGCCGGAAGAUUUGUAGUAGGUGAUCCAGCAAAAAGAAAAUUAAAAGUUGGAGUUUCAACAUCCCAACCAGCUCAAAGUGGAAAUGUGUCCAUUCCUGUUGUUGCCCCCAAGAUAGUAACAUUUGCAUCAGCAAAAAUAGGUGCUGCAAAACAAGUGAACUCCUUCAAUGAAGAAAGUGCACCCCGUGAUUAG